UGUCAAUCAAGGUAGCCGCCACCAACCGAGAGGCGGAUUUUGGGUGGCUCCCGCCCACGAGGAAGUCCACCUCCCCCGCACCGAAGACUUGUCAAUCAAUCAGCGGAAGUCGACCGAUUGGGCUUGUUCCCAUUAGCUAGCCGCGCUGUCAGUCAGAGAUCUGCCCUCCCAUUGGGUCUCCGCUUCCGUCCGUCACCUCGGAGAUCCGGGUCCACUGGGACAGCUGUCACUUCAUCACGACUCCUAUUGCUCGGCGGAGCUGCCCAUCAAACGGCAAGCCGCGGCGGAUUGGCCAGCGAGCAAGAAUGUCGCCGUCUGUUGGCCAGAGCGUCAGCAAGCCGGGUGCGGAUUGGUGAAGAGGCCGCCGAGGGGCGGGUCAUCCAGGGCGGUGCCCGGGCGGCCCCGGAGGAGGAAGAUGGCGCCGUGAGGGAGUCGGAGCCGCCGCCGCCGCUCCGGCCGCUCGAGGGACAGCAUGGCCGCCACGGCCGCCGUCAGCCCCAGCGAGUACCUGCAGCCGGCCGCCUCCUCCGCCCAGGACUCCCAGCCGUCUCCCCUCGCCCUUCUCGCAGCCACGUGUAGCAAAAUCGGUCCCCCUGCCGUGGAAGCCGCCGUGACUCCUCCUGCCCCUCCCCAGCCGACGCCUCGCAAACUGGUCCCCAUCAAACCCGCUCCGCUCCCCCUGGGCUCCGGAAAGAACAGUUUUGGGAUCCUGUCGUCAAAAGGGAACCUCUUCCAGAUCCAGGGCUCUCAGGUCGGCACCUCCUACCCCGGGGGGCAGCUGGUUUUUGCCAUCCAGAACCCAACUGUCAUCAACAAGGGCACCCGCUCGUCCGCCAGCAUCCAGUACCAGGCCGUGCCGCAGCUCCAGGGCGGACAGACCAUCCAGGUCCAGCCCAACAAGAUCCAGAUUAUUCCAGGCACGAAUCAAGCCAUCCUCACCCCUUCCUCCUCCUCUCACAAGCCCGUACCCAUCAAACCGGCUCCGGUGCACAAGGGUGGAGCGUCUCCAGUGCGGAGCAACGUGGUCAAGUUCCCCGGCGGCAGCAACGUGACGCUGACCCUGCCCAUGAAUAAUCUGGUGAACGCCGGCGAGCCGGGCGCGCAGGCUCAGGUCCUCGCCGAGAGCCCCUCGAAACCUGGCAAAAAGACUCGGAAGAAAAGCUUGUCGCCCGCCCAGGCGGUGGCGGUGGCCGAGCAGGUGGAGACAGUGUUGAUCGAGACAACGGCGGAGAACAUCAUCCAGGCAGGCGGAAACCUGCUGAUCGUGCAGGGCGCGGGGCAGCCGGCCGUGCUGCAGCAGCUGCAGGUGCUGCAGCCCAAGCAGGAGCCGCAGGUGGUGCAGAUCCCGCAGCAGGCCCUGCGCGUCGUCCAGGCCGCCUCCGCCACCCUCCCCACCGUCCCUCAAAAACCCUCCCAGAACUUCCAGAUCCAGACGACAGAACCCACUCCCACGCAGCUCUACUUCAAAACACUGUCGGGGGAGCUGCAGACUGUGCUGCUCCAGGAAGCCCCGGCCAUGACGGUGGCUCCGUCGGUAACCUCUUGCAGCAGCCCCGUGUCCCGCAGCAUCGGGAGCGGGGGCAGGAAACCGCCCGCACGCAAGGAACGUCCCCUGCCAAAAAUCGCCCCUGCUGGGGGCAUCAUCAGCCUCAACACGGCGCAGCUGGCGGCGGCAGCGCAGGCCAUGCAGACCAUCAACAUCAACGGCGUGCAGGUCCAGGGCGUCCCCGUCACCAUCACCAACAGCGGAGGGCAGCAGCAGCUGACAGUGCAGAAUGUGUCUGGCAACAACGUGACCAUCAGCGGGCUGAGCCCCACACAGAUCCAGCUGCAGAUGGAGCAGGCGCUGGCCGGGGAGCUGCAGCCGGGAGAGAAGCGGCGGCGGAUGGCGUGUACCUGCCCCAACUGCAAGGACGGGGACAAGCGGCCGGGGGACCCGGGGAAGAAGAAGCACAUUUGUCACAUCCCCGAGUGCGGGAGGACGUUCCGCAAGACGUCGCUGCUGCGUGCCCACGUGCGUCUGCACACGGGGGAACGGCCCUUCGUCUGCAACUGGGUGCUCUGCGGGAAGCGCUUCACGCGCAGCGACGAGCUGCAGCGGCACGCGCGCACGCACACAGGUGACAAGCGCUUCGAGUGCGCGCAGUGCCAGAAACGCUUCAUGCGCAGCGACCACCUCACCAAGCACUACAAAACCCACCUGGUCACCAAGAACUUGUAGGGCCGCCCCACGGUGCCCCACGGCUCCCGACCACGUGGACAGACCCUGCCGGGACACCAGCGUCCCCACCGCGGAGAGGGGACAUCCUGCCCGUCCUGUGACACCGCUGGAGCCCCCCGAGCAGAACCAGCCCCUUGUGAAGGGCGCGAGGGACCGAGCGUCCCCGCGGGUCCCCGAGCCCGGUGACACGUCUAACAGCCGGGGAGGGGACGGCGCGUUCCAGGCCGGGAGAAGCUCCGCAGCACAUUCCUACUUUAUAUUUAAAGUCUAUAAAUAGCUAUAAAUACCGAUAUCGCCCCUUUGGAAAGUCCCUUUUUCUAUGAGAUCGUUGCCUUACGCCCCCGCUCCGAGUUGCUUUUCUUCGUCUUUAUUUAAUUUUCCUUAAAAACGCCGCCCAUCCCCUCGCCCCCUUUUCUCCCCGCGUUUCUUCUCCAGCUUUUAUUUCUCCCUGAUUUCUUCCUCCCCGCUUUCCCAUUUCUAAGUGAUGUGGCGUUUCCUUUCAGAAUUUUGGGGCUCUGGCCCCGUUCCCCGCCCCGUGUACAGUGUACAUUGUAUCAUAGAUUAUAUCGCUUUUGUGUUUACUACAUGUUUAAAAGGAUAAAAAAAAAAACAUAUGGCGUGUUAUUUUUGAGCUUUUAAAUUAAACAAAUCCACUUUA